GGAUGUCAGCGCCUCCACGUGCUGCCUCUCCCUCCUCCCGGCCCAGUAGCGGCAGCUACCCUGCUGCCAUGGAGCCUGCCGGCCUGGAGCAGAUCCUACGGGAGCUACUACUGCCAAACACCGAGCGCAUCCGCCGGGCCACCGAGCAGCUCCAGAUCGCUCUUCGGGACCCUGCCGCCCUGCCCUUGCUCUGCAACCUGCUGGCCUCGGCGGCCGACCCCCAGAUUCGCCAGCUCGCGGCCGUGCUGACCCGCAGACGUCUGAACACUCGCUGGCGGCGGCUGGUGGCGGAGCCUCGGGAGAGUCUCAAGUCCGCGGUCUUGACGUCCCUGCAGAGAGAAACGGAGCACUCUGUGAGACUCAGCCUGGCCCAGCUCACAGCCACCAUUUUUCGGAAGGAAGGCCUGGAGGCCUGGCCUCAGCUCAUGCAGCUUCUUCAGCACAGUACCCACAGCCCUCAUGUCCCUGAGAGAGAGAUGGGACUUUUGUUGCUGAGUGUGGUGGUGACCUCCCGACCCGAAGCCUUCCGACCCUACCACCGGGAGCUUCUUCACCUUCUGAACGAGACCCUUGGUGCAGUGGGCAAUCCUGGGCUGCUCUUCUACUCCCUGCGCACUCUGACCACCAUGGCCACCUACCUUGGCACUGAUGAUGUGCCUCUCGCGCGGAUGUUGGUGCCGAAGCUCAUCGUGGCUGUGCAGACUCUCAUUCCCAUAGAUGAGGCAAAGGCCUGUGAGUCCCUAGAGGCCCUGGAUGAGCUCCUGGAGUCAGAGGUGCCCAUUAUCACCCCCCACCUCUCUGAGGUCCUCGCAUUCUGCCUGGCGGUGGCUGGAAACACGGCCCUGGGUGAUGCAGUACGUGUGCGUAUUCUUUGCUGCCUCACUUUCUUGGUCAAAGUCAAGAGCAAGGCCUUACUGAAGAAUCGUCUGCUGCCACCCUUGCUGCACACCCUUUUCCCCAUUAUGGCUGCCGAGCCCCCCUUGGGCCAGUUGGAUCCCGAGGACCAGGAUUCGGAAGAUGAAGAAUUGGAGAUUGGGUUGGUGGGAGAGACUCCCAAGCAUUUUGCCGUACAGGUCAUGGACAUGCUGGCACUACACCUGCCCCCCGAGAAGCUCUGUCUCCAGCUGAUGCCCAUGCUGGAAGAGGCCUUGCAGAGUGAGAGCCCAUACCAGCGCAAGGCUGGGCUCCUGGUACUGGCCGUGCUGUCUGACGGAGCUGGCGACCACAUCAGGCAGAGACUGCUGCCCCCACUGCUGCAGAUCGUGUGCGAGGGCCUGGAGGACCCAUCCCAAGUUGUGCGCAAUGCUGCGUUGUUUGCCCUGGGCCAGUUUUCAGAGAACCUGCAGCCCCAUAUCAGCAGCUAUUCAGGACAGGUGAUGCCGCUGCUUCUUGCCUACCUGAAGUCAGUGCCACUUGGACACGCACACCACCUAGCCAAGGCCUGCUAUGCCCUGGAGAAUUUUGUGGAGAACUUAGGGCCCAAGGUGCAACCCUACCUUCCGGAACUUAUGGAUUGUAUGCUGCAGCCUCUGAGGAACCCCAGCAGCCCCCGGGCCAAGGAGCUGGCUGUGAGCGCCCUGGGGGCCAUUGCCACAGCUGCCCAGGCCUCCCUGCUACCCUACUUCCCCACUAUUGUGGAGCACCUGCAGGAGUUCCUCUUGACAGGCCACGAGGACCUUCAGCCUGUGCAGAUCCAGAGCCUGGAGACGCUGGGGGUGCUGGCACGAGCAGUGGGGGAGCCCAUGAGGCCCCUGGCUGAGGAGUGCUGCCAGCUGGGGCUGGGCCUAUGUGACCAGGUAGACGAUCCUGAUUUGCGGCGCUGCACGUACAGCCUGUUUGCAGCCUUAUCAGGGCUGUUGGGGGAGGGCCUGGCCCCCUACCUGCCACAAAUCACCACGCUCAUGCUGUUGUCACUGCGCUCCACUGAGGGCAUUGUGCCUCAGUAUGACGGCAGCAGCUCCUUCCUUCUGUUUGACGAUGAGAGUGAUGGGGAGGAGGAGGAGGAGCUCAUGGACGAAGACGUGGAAGAGGAGGAGGACUCAGAGAUCUCAGGGUACAGCGUGGAGAAUGCCUACUUUGAUGAGAAGGAAGAUACCUGUGCAGCCCUGGGGGAGAUCUCUGUGAACACCAGUGUGGCCUUCCUUCCCUACAUGGAGAGUGUCUUUGAAGAAGUAUUCAAGCUGCUGGAGUGCCCUCACCUGAAUGUGCGGAAAGCGGCACAUGAGGCCCUGGGUCAGUUCUGCUGUGCGCUGCACAAAGCCUGUCAAAGUUGCUCCUCGGAACCCACCUCUGCUGCUCUGCAGGUUGUCCUGGCCCGGGUGGUGUCAUCUUACAUGCAGGCGAUCAGUGGGGAGCGGGAGCGCCAGGUGGUGAUGUCCAUACUGGAGGCGCUGACGAGUGUGCUGCGCAGCUGUGGGACCCUUGUGCUGCAGCCCCCUGGGCGCCUUGCUGAGCUCUGUAGUGUGCUCAAAGCCGUGCUGCAGAGGAAGACAGCCUGCCAGGACACUGAUGAGGUGGAAGAAGAGAAGGAGGACCAGGCUGAAUAUGACACCAUGUUGUUAGAGCACGCUGGAGAGGCCAUCCCUGCCCUGGCAGCUGCGGCUGGGGGAGACGCCUUUGCCCCCUUCUUUGCUGGCUUUUUGCCGUUAUUGCUAUGCAAGACAAAACAGGGCUGUACAGUGGCAGAGAAGUCUUUUGCAAUGGGGACACUGGCAGAGUCCAUUCAGGGACUGGGUGCCGCCUCAGCUCAGUUUGUCUCUCGGCUGCUCCCCGUGCUGUUGAGCACCACACGGGAGGCAGACCCCGAGGUGCGGAGCAAUGCCAUCUUUGGGCUGGGAGUGCUGGCAGAGCAUGGGGGCCGCCCUGCCCAGGAACACUUCCCCAAGCUCCUGGGGCUCCUGUUGCCCCUCUUAGCACGGGAGCGCCAUGAUCGUGUCCGUGACAACAUCUGUGGGGCCCUUGCCCGCCUGCUGAUGGCCAGUCCCACAAGGAAACCGGAGCCCCAGGUGCUGGCUGCCCUGCUGCAUGCCCUACCACUGAAGGAGGACUUGGAGGAGUGGGUCACCAUUGGGCAUCUCUUCAGCUUUCUCUACCAGAGCAGCCCUAACCAGGUUGUUGAUGUGGCUCCUGAGCUGUUGCGCAUCUGCAGCCUGGUUCUGGCUGACGUCAAGAUCCCAGCAGAGGCCAAGUCCGCACUGCUGCUUCUCCUGACCUUCCUGGCCGAACAGCACGCUGACAGCUUCCAGACAGCCUUGGGCUCGCUGCCUGGUAACAAGGCUCAGGAGCUCCAGACCAUUCUGAGCUUCACCUAGACUGUGGGCUGUGGCCAGGCCAGAAGAAUAGAGCAGCCCAAGCCUCAAGACCACUUUUCAGCCUAGUUCCAGCUUGCACCUUACCAAAGAUUCUGCACCUCAUGCCCACUGGGAGUCUCAGCCCUGUUUGCUACCUUACAGGGGUGUCCCUGGGGGUGGACUUGUUAUACUGUGGGACAACACAAAUGGAGUCUUGACAUCAUGCUGUAAUAAAGGCAGUCUUCUGCUUGCACAGUAGCUCUGAGGGCAGGAAGGAUGGAGAUGCGCAUUCAGAAAGGAGGCAGGUAGGGCCCAGUAAGGCAGGACAUGGUUUAAUGUAGCCGGUUUCUUGGCAGCUUUGUAAAUGGGCUCUAACCACUGUAGAAUCGGGGUCCUGGCUUGAUCAAGAGGCGCCCAUAUGGCUUCUCUUGUUCCACACGAAGAAUCUGCUGUGCUGAGAGCACUGGGCAGGAGGGGAGGCAAGGGCAAGGUCAGGGCACUCUGUCCCUGCCCCACUUUGGUCCCUACAGCAGCCUCUGGCCCAUGUGUCCCCCACCCUAC